AUGAAGUUUCUUUGUUUGGUCCAAGGGACUCCAAAACUCCAAAUUCACUAUAUUUCUGCUAUUUGUGCAUUUUCAUGGAGAUUAUAUACUAAUACAAACAAACAUAAAACAAAACCAAAGCAAAAGAGAGUUUCAAACUUCAAUAAGCAAAAUCACUUAAACAAUGACCUCCGGAACUCUCUCAAAUUUAGCUUCCGAUUCGUCCUUCCCAUCCUUACAGGAGGCUGAUCUUCUGGCUCGAAGUGUGAAGAAAAUCAAGAAUAAUACCAUCAUAAGACCCAAUGGUGUAUGCUCUGAAAUCACUAUGACAGAACCUCACGAGUCGUCGGUAACGGCGACUCAGAGUGCAGAACAACCCCCAGCUGCCGUGGUACCUGACGCCAUGGAUAUAUCUACUUCGUUAUCCUUUGCGGAUCUCCUCCGCAAAGAGGAUAAUGACCCCACCAUCAUUGAAUUCUCCACACAGUCUAACUAUCUUGAUGAAGAUUCUGAUGUGGAGGAGGCCAGUGAGGAAAACAUACCAUCAGUUCUUCUCUCAAAGGCCAACAAGAAAAGAAUCCGGCUUCCGUGGGUAAAUUCUAUCAUCAUUAAGGCUGCUUUUGCAGAAUCAGUGGGCUACUCCUUCAUCUACCCACGCAUCAAAGCACAAUGGAAACCUAAAGGUAAAUGGGAAUGUAUUGACCUGGGACUCGACUUCUUUCUUGUUCGGUUUCAGGACGAGAAUGACUUGCACAAAGUUGUCUAUGGAGGUCCUUGGUUUGUUGGCCCCUAUUACCUAACUAUUAGACGGUGGGAACCAAAUUUCAAUCCAGCCAAAGCCACAUUCUCAACGACAGUUAUUUGGGCUAGACUUCCCGAAUUACCUACAGAGUUCUAUGAUCCAGAAACUCUAAUUCGCAUUGGAAACAAAAUCGGGAAUCUGUUAAGGGUCGACGCACACACCAUCCAUCAUACCAGGGGCCAAUAUGCCCGUUUAUGCGUUCAAGUGGACAUCAACAAGCCCCUGAUUACCCACGUCAGAAUUGGGAAACAUAAGCAAAGAGUUUUAUAUGAGGGAAUCCAAACUCUCUGCUUUAAAUGUGGCAAAAUUGGCCAUAAAGAAAGCCAAUGCACAGGAAAUUCUGCUAGUUCUAAACAUGGAAUGGUGGGACAAGAGUUAAUGAGGCCGGGUAACUCCAGCAGUAUGGACCCAGCAAGGGACUCUGCUUUGACCUUCAAUGCUCCACCUUCUACCUCGGUCACAAACCUACAGCCUGAGGUUCAACCCUAUGGCCCAUGGAUUGUUGUUGAAAGAAGGAAAAAGAAACCAGGUCCAAGAGGGAAGAACACCAGUAACCAAAAUGGUGUGAAACAGAAGGAAGUGCCGGCGACGGCGUUGCAAUCAGGAACAGGAAAAAUGGUGAGUAUUUCCGACCCAACUGAUGACCCGAUCCGUCAAAUCAAACCAAAGAGCAAGGAGAGGCAGCCAUCCUAUCAACCAGCUGCUUCUAACGGACUCAGGUCUAUCACCAUAAAUGCCGCCCACUCUCUGGUUACUCAACCAACGGCUAGUACGUCGAGUCUCCAAAUUCAAACAAAGAAUGGCCCUUCUAAUACUGUGAGACCCAAUCCUAAGCUAGGUCCUAAAGGCCAAGUCUAUAGACCCAUUUACCCAUCUGCUAAGCCCAUUGAUCCUAAAGGAUUGAGUGCCCAAGAUGAGCCCGCUUUUCCCAAGCCUACUCCCACAUCCCCUAAGCCACAUAUGGCCCAACAUCAAGAUACACAGCUUCCCCGGGACCCUGAACCGAGACAACCUCUAUCAAUCCCUAUCCCCUCUACCCCACAAGUCAACACCAAUCCCCCCCACCCCCCACAGACCACCAUUGUUAACAACUCUUUGCAUUGUGGUGGAUUUCCCAUCAACCCGUCUUCUUCAUAUGAGCAGCAGCCUCGAAGCUUUUUUGGUGAGCGAGGGUCAAGUGAUUCGGUUGGAGAGUGCUCUACAACAGAUAAUCCAAACCCCAUCCCCCCAACCACCGUUCUGGACCAUGAACCGCAUCUCAGCAUCUUGGCGCUCACCUCUCCUGGUGCCGAAGGCGAUCAACCCACGGAGGUUCCUACCCCUCUAUCGAACACUGGAAUCAGAUCGCAGAGGAAAGAUCGAUCUUCUCUCGGUGCUGGAUCUAAGCUACAACUCCGACGACGCCAACAUAGACAGAGCACUCACUCGUAUCUCCCCUCUGAAAGUGUACUGUCCAUCCACCAGGCCUCAUCUGAACAUCUUGGAGGCAAUAGGGGAGAUGAAGGAGAUGCACUUAUGGUGCUCAGCCAACCGUCCAACCCAUCACCAAUUCUGUGCCAGAUGGAAGCACUUAGUGCCUUGGGUUCUACUUUCAUAAGCUCGUGGAAUAUGAAGAUCGUCUCUUGGAAUUGCCGCGGAGCGGCUAAUCAGAACUCUCUCAAUCAUGUGUUGGAGCUAAAAAGGAUCCACUCCCCUGCUAUUAUGUUAAUCAUGGAAACCAAGCUCAAUGGUGAAAGAGCACACAAUAUGGCAUCCAGAAUCUUCCCGAAUUGUCAUGUUGUGGAUUCAGAUGGUCUUGCCGGAGGUAUAUGGCUAUUAUGGGAUGCCAACAAAGUGAGUAUUGAUAUUAUCUUCUCCAGCAAUCAAGCUAUCCACGCUAUGGUAAAGGUAUGUAAUCAUUCUGUCAUCUCUAAUUUUGAAUGGUUUUUUUCUGGUGUGUAUGGCAGACCUCAGUUUGAUAUUAGGUCUCUUCUCUGGCAUGAAUUAUCUGAUAUGGCUAAGCAUAUUAAUCUCCCCUGGAUUAUAGCUGGUGACUUUAAUGAUGUCACCGAACAAGGGGAGAAAUUUGGGGGUAACCCUAUUAACCAGUUGAGAGUUAAUGCUUAUCUUUCUUGUAUGUGUGAUUGUGGUAUGAUGGAUAUGGGUUACGUGGGGGGGAAAUAUACUUGGGUUAAUAUGCGGAAUUCCCGCAUUAUUAGGGAACGUCUUGAUAGGUUCUGGUGUAAUUCUAGUUGUAGAACCCUCUUCCCUGAAGCUACAGUAUAUCACCUCCCUAGGCUCAUCUCUGACCAUAAUCCCAUUUUGCUGAACCUUACCCCUCGUAUACCAUCUAUUGGUAAAAGACCCUUUCGAUAUGAGAAAUUCUGGUUUGAUCACCCCGAUUUUAUUGAUAUUGUUGAUAGGAUUUGGUCUCACCCUCACAGCAAUACCUCUUCCUGUCUUGCUUCUACUAUGACUAGUAUCAAAUUAUGGAGUCGUGAUACGUUUGGUAACUUAUUCAAACGAAAAAAGGUCAUCCUUGCUCGUUUGGAAGGUAUCCAUAAGUCGCUCUCCAUUAAUCACAACAACUUUCUCUUUGACCUGGAGAAAGAUCUGUCCCAUGAAUACUCUGAUAUUCUUAAAUGUGAAGCUGAUCUUUGGUUCCUUAAAUCCAGAUCUGAUUGGAUUGUGGAUGGGGAUAAAAACUCUCGCUUUUUCCAUAUUACUACCAUGAGACAUAGAGCCAUGAAUAGAAUCCAUGGGUUGAAUAAUCUAGAGGGGGAUUGGAUUACUGAUUCUGUGCAGCUAAAUCAUAUGGUGACCAACUAUUUUUCUACUCUCUUUUCGUCUCCCGCUUCCCAUUCCUUUCAUGAUUCUUAUGAUUGGAUUCAAACUACCACUCCUCAAUCUCUGGAUCUCCCCGAUGAUUUGGCUGAACCUCCAUCUUUAAUUGAAAUUAGGAAGGCUGUGUAUUCCAUGAAGGCCUUUAAAGCCCCUGGCCCGGAUGGUACUCACCCCUUCUUCUAUCAAAAGCUAUGGCACUCUGUCAAGGAUACCAUCCUCCUUGACAUCCAACAGAUUUUUAUGUCAGGUACUGUCCCCCCUAAAUGGAAUGAAUGCUUGAUCACUUUGAUCCCAAAGGUGGGUAGUCCUGUCAACAUUAAUCAGUUCAGGCCUAUUGGUUUGUGUAAUGUCAACUAUAAGAUUGUCUCUAAGAUCAUUGUCCACAGGCUCAAACCCCUUCUAGAUUCCAUCAUCUCUCCUUGCCAAGCUAGUUUUGUGCCUGGGAGACGUGGAUCGGACAAUAUUCUCAUCCUUCAAGAACUGGUUUAUUCCUUUAAUAGGAAGACUGGUAGGAAGGGUGGUAUGAUUAUCAAGCUGGAUUUGGAGAAAGCGUAUGACAAACUUGAAUGGACAUGUCUAUUCUGGUCAACGGAGAGACCACAGAUCGCUUCCUCCCCUCUCGGGGUAUCCGACAGGGAGAUCCUCUUUCCCCUUACCUUUUUAUUCUUUGUAUGGAAUUCCUUUCCUUAAGAUUUACUAAUGGUAUUAAU